CUUUCUACAUUCCCCAAGACUGCAGGAGAAAUGGAAACACCUGUGGCUCUGUUGAUCAUCUUGGGAGCCAUCUCAGGUUUAAGCCAUGGAGAUGGCGUGCUACCCGACGGUCUUACUGCAGCUGUUGGAGAAACAGUGAAGUUCACCACAACAGUGACUCCACCAGAAACACCUUUCCUGGUAGUGACCUGGAGUUUUUCUGAUGUUAAUAUAAUAACAUCCCAGACUGCUAUAAACAUAACAGACCCAGCGUAUACAGACAGGAUCACCCUCUUCCCCACCACUGGAUCUCUGGAGCUCAGGGAUCUGACUCUUAAUGACACUGGAGAUUACACUGUCACCAUUAUAUCAAAUGCUGGAGCAGCGCAGAAGGGGAACUGCAGACUGGUUGUGCAAAUGCCGAUCUCUAACGUAGUUGUAACUACCAGCAGCACAGACUUGGUGGAGCUCAGCGGCUCCGUCAGUCUGUCCUGCUCCGCCUCUGGAUCCUCCCCUUCUUUCCUCUGGCUGAACAGCAGCUCUGAAGUUACAGCAAGUAACAGAGUUCAGCUCACCGAUGGAGGCGCCACCCUCACUAUAGUCGACGUGACCCGCUAUGACCAGGGACCGUUCAGGUGUCAUGUGUCCAAUCUUGUCAGUAAUGACACCACUGAUCCACUGAGCCUCUCCAUCAGCUAUGGCCCAGAAAAUAUUAAUUUGACAUCUCCAUCACAAGAAUACUACGUGGAAGGAUCAAACAUCAGCCUGUCCUGCUCAGCUGCCUCCAGACCGGCUGCUGUGUUUUACUGGCUUCUGAAUGGAGACACGUUGUCUGACACUGGACAGGAGUUCAGACUGGUGAACAUCCAGAUGAGUCAGAGUGGAAACUACAGCUGUCAGGCCUUCAACAACAAGACUAUGAGAUAUGAAACAUCUCAGCCUUCAGCUGUGACUGUGUUGGCUCCAGUAUCCAACGUGAAGGUGAAUGCCAGCACCACAGACAUCUUGGAGUCCAGCAGUGGCUCCAUCAGUCUGUCCUGCUCCGCCUCUGGAUCCUCCCCUUCUUUCCUCUGGCUGAACAGCAGCUCUGAGGUUACACAAAGCGACAGAGUUCAGCUCACCGAUGGAGGCGCCACCCUCACGAUAGUCAACGUGACCCGCUAUGACCAGGGACCAUUUAUGUGUCAUGUGUCCAAUCUUGUGAGCACUGAAACCAGUGAUCCAGUAACCCUCUCCAUCCACUUUGGCCCAGAAAAUAUAAAUCUGACGCUGUCCCCAUCACAAGAGUACUAUGACGAAGGGUCAGACGUCAGCCUGAUCUGCUCAACUGACUCCGGACCUGCUCCCCAGGUUUACUGGUUUCUGGAUGGAGACCUGCUGCCUGACACCGGACCAGAGCUCAGACUGACAAACAUCCAUAUCAGUGAGAGUGGAAACUACAGCUGUCUGGCCUUUAACAACAUCACUAUGAGAAAUCAAACAUCACAGUCUGUAGCUGUCCUUGUGCUAAAGUCGGAAGUCUCCAAUGUUGUGAUAACUCCCAACACCACAGACCUGUCGGAGCCGGGAUGCUCCGUCAGUCUGUCCUGCUCCGCCUCUGGAUCUUACCUCUCUUUCCUCUGGCUGAACGGCAGCUCUGAGGUCACAGCCAGCGACAGAGUCCAGCUCACCGACGGGGGCUCCAUUCUCUCUAUAAUCAACGUGACCCGCUACGACCAGGGGCCUUUCGUGUGUCAUGUGUUCAAUAACUUCAGUAAUUACACCAGCGAUCCAGUGGAGCUCUCCAUCAGCUUUGGCCCAGAAAACAUUAAUUUGCAGCUGUCUCCGUCGCAAGAACAUUAUGAGGAAGGAUCAGACAUCGGCCUGUCCUGCUCAGCUGACUCCAGACCCUCUGCCCAGCUUCACUGGUUUCUGAAUGGGGACCUGCUGCCUGAUACUGGACCAGAGCUCAGACUGGUGAACAUUCAGAUGAGUCAGAGUGGAAACUACAGCUGUCAGGCCUUUAACAACAAAACUAUGAGAAAUCAAACAUCUCAGCCUGCAGUCAUCUCUGUACUGGCACCAGUCUCGGGUGUGGUAGUGGCUUCAAACAACACACACCUCUUUGAGUUCAGCAGCUCGGUCAGUCUGUCCUGCUCCUCCUCUGGAUCCUCUCUCUCUUUCCUCUGGAUGAACGGCAGCACUGAGGUUACACAAAGUGACAGAAUUCAGCUCACUGAUGGAGGCGCCACUCUCACUAUGAUUAAUGUGACCCGGUAUGACCAGGGGCCGUUCAGGUGCAACGUGUCCAAUGGUGUCACUGGUGAAAUCAGCCAGCCAGUCUAUCUAUUCAUCCAAUAUGGACCUGACAACGCCGCCAUCAAAGGACCUAAAUCUGCCCAUGUUGGAGAUUUCACCAUGUUGUACUGCUCCACCGCGUCUGUACCAUCAGCAACCUUCACGUGGCUGUUUAAUGGAAAUCCAACUAGUUUUCAUGAGGCUGUGUACGUCCUACCUUCCAUCACAGUCUCUGAUAGUGGGACGUACACCUGCACUGCUGUGAACGCUGUGACAGGGCAGACUCGAACAGUUACCCAUGAGCUAACUGUUGUAGACUGUGACUGCUCAGCUCUUGUGGGAACAGCAACUAUCAUAACGGCUGCAUGUUGUCUUGUAAUUGCAACAGUGUGUGGAAUAAUUGUGUAUUAUGUAGUGAGGAGGAGAAGAGUGAACAGCAUUUAUCCAGCACAUCAGAAAGAAAAAUUAAGUGUGAAGCAGAGACAUUCAGACAUUUAUAAGAUCUCACGGACAUCACGUAGCGACUUGUCUACCUAUGAAGCAUAAACAGCACAAUCAAAAGAAGCCUUCCGCAGUUUCCAAGAUCAACAGUCUCAAAAAGAAAAAGAGCAAUGGAAUUGUUUUUUAAUGUAUUUAUUCAAACAAACCAUGUAAUGCCUUCUUCAGAUUACUGUUCAUCCUGCUGAGUUUGAUGUUUGAGCUUUAUGUAACCAUAUUUUAUGAUAAAGUCUGAUGGUUGUGCAUAUAAUAUGUUAUAUAUUGCAAUAGCUGUAAAUAAUUCAGAUGAUUGUUAUUUAUUUAAGCGGUUACUUAAUAAAGUAAUUGAGCAUGUCUUUUAUCGUACAUGUCAUGUAAAUAUGUGUUCAUUCAAUAAACAAGUUAUACAAAGUGUCGAGUUCAUCUGUCACAAAGACCGGGCCAAAAGAUUGUAUUAUUAAAGAUGAUUAUAACAC